AUGGCGUCCCAACCCUCCCUGCUCCGUCCGCGCAACAGGAUCCUGCUGGUUGUCGCCCUCCUCCUUGUCACCCUGACCUACUUCCGCUCCGUCCUGCGCAUCACCCUCCUCACGCUCGCCCUCCCCAUCACGUGGGCCACCUCGUCGUCCGAUUUCGUGAUCUCCGCCGAGCGCGACGGCUUCGACGUCACCUUUGCCAACUACUCCGUCCACCAGCAAUCCGCGCAGCCCGAAUACCCAGACCUCAUCCCACCCAUCCUGCACCAGAUUUCCUUGGGGCGGGGCCCCAAGGCCGAAUGGCUCGAGGCCAGGAAUAGCUGCUUGCAGCAUCACGUGGGGUGGGAGACGCACUUCUGGACGGAUGAGAAUGCGCACGCGCUGGUGGCCGAGAAGUUCCCGCAUCUGAAGGAGAUGUGGGAGGGGUACAGGUUCCCCAUCCAGAAAGUCGACGCCCUGCGGUAUAUGGUGUUGUAUGAGUAUGGCGGUGUCGUCUUGGAUAUGGAUCUGGAUUGUCGGAGGUCGAUGGGCCCCUUGCGCAGAUUCGGGUUCGUGUCACCGGCGGCGCACCCCGUCGGUUUCUCCAACGGCAUGAUGAUGGCGAGCAAGCAACAUCCGUUUGUGGGGGAGUUGGUGCGCAACCUUCCCCGGUUCAAUCUGAACUGGUUCGGCCUCCCCUACGCAACCGUCAUGUUCAGCACGGGAUGCCAUUACGCUUCCGUCAUCCACACUUUCCAGAAGAACCGAUCCGAACUACGGAUCCUCUCGGGUCCCAAAGAAUCACCGCUCAUGCACCGCCUAAACGGCGACGUUAUCACCCCCCUCUUCCACCACCUAGGCGCCUCCUCCUGGCACUCCUUUGACGCCGCGCUGAUAGUCUCCCUGGGCCGUCUCAACUCUGGGCCGGUAUCCUCCCCCCACACCUCCUCUGGCUCAGCUCGUCCGCUACCCGCCGCGCCCGCUCGCGCUCGCGCUCCCCUUCCCCCUUAG